AUGGCGGCUAUCACAACACCGAGCCCUUUGGCUCAGGCUAUCGAUGAAUUCCUUGAUGAUAUGAAGGCUCGUCAACGUAAGACCCCAUUCUACAAAGAAAUCUUGACCUCACGGUCUGUUUUAGCGCCCAAUGAGAACCCACGGGAGGUCCACAUCCGUACAAAAGAACUUGAGGGUUUUGUCAAAGAGCUUGAAGAACGGAGAGCUAAGUCGAAGACGCUGAGAACACUUAGGACCCUUGCACCUUUCGUAAAUGGUAUUGUUACUUUGAUGGAUGCUUGCUUCGCACUGAUACAAGCAAGUCCUUUCGCGUUUAUUGUAGCUUUAUCGGUUGCUCGUUUCGUGCUAAAGCUCGCAACCAACACCAACUCGGCGUUUGAUCUCGUCACCGAGACGAUGGGCAAAAUUGGAACGUAUCUUCAGUACUAUGGCAAGUUUGCUGUUGCAUAUAAAACCUCUGAUGAGGUACGCGAGUGUCUUGUUGCCUCAUACAAGAACAUCGUUAACUUCUGUGCAACGGCUUCAAACCUCCUGUAUGAGCACGUGGUGCGUUGGAAAAUCCCGAAUGAGAAUGGAUGGAGGGUCUGGGACCCCGAACGCGAUGGAAAAUCCACAGAUCUAAAGCUAGGGUUUGACUACAUUCGAAUGCUGCGUAGUGGAUUUGGAGAUGGUGAGAGGAAAUUCGAUGUCCCAAUUAGGAGUGGACUCGACUGGACGCGAAAGGUAUUCUUAUCUUGCGCUUAG